AGUUCGGGCAGCGGAAGGGGGCGAAGCGGGCGACGACGACGACGACGACGACGCGGCCUGCGCCGCCAUGGAGGUCGCCGGGCCGGCGUCGCAGCUGGAGCCGGACUCGGGCGGCGCGUGCUGAAGGCGGGAGCCCCAUGGCGGGAGGGCGGCGGCGGCGGCAGCAGCAGCCCCGACAAGGUGUGCUUAAUUGCCCUGGGAAGUAAGAUCGGAUCUACUGCACGUGGAAACGUCGGUCUAAGCUUCUUCAUCUUGUAUCGCUGCCUGGAAUGGAAGCAAAUACAUAACUUUCUUCGUGUUCUCCCAAGGACUUGUGUCCCCUUGCCCCUUUUCCAGGGGGCGAGGGGGGUGUCUUGGAAGGGUGGAGCGUCCGCCCCAUCUGGAAGGGCACCUGGUUAGGUUUGCUCCCGGCCUGUAGGAUUUCGUCCGUGUCUUGUUUUCCCCCUGGAGUUUAUUCCACUUAGGAUAGACAAUGCCGUGAACGGCAGCAGCACUUUCCGCUCGCCAGCCCUGCGAACCGUGCGCCAGGGAGUCGAGUCGAGGCACCGGAGGCGAUCGGGGAACCCGUCAUGGCUGGGAGCGGCUACACAGACCUACGAGAGAAGCUCAAAUCAAUGAUGCCUUACCGGGACAACUACAAGGGCGGCAGCACGCGGGAGCCUGCGGAGUCCCCCUAUGCGGGUGUGGGCGGAGCUGCUAAGCGCAAGUACCACGAGGAGUCUGACUCGGAGCCCAGCGACUACGAGGAGCACCAGCGAGAGGAGGAAGAGGCCCAGAAAGUCAAAAGCGGCAUCCGUCAGCUCCGGCUCUUCAGCCCCGAGGAGUGCACCAAGAUCGAAGCUCGUAUCGACGAGGUGGUCUCCCGGGCUGAGAAGGGCCUUUACAAAGAGCACACGGUGGAUAGGGCCCCUCUCCGGAACAAGUACUUCUUUGGGGAGGGCUACACGUACGGCUCCCAGUUGCAGCGGCGAGGCCCCGGUCAGGAGCGGCUGUACCCCCGGGGGGAAGUGGAUACGAUUCCCGAGUGGGUUCACGACCUCGUCAUUCGCAAGCUGGUGGAGCACCGGGUGAUCCCUGAGGGCUUUGUGAACAGUGCGGUCAUCAACGACUACCAGCCCGGAGGCUGCAUAGUCUCCCACGUGGACCCCAUCCACAUCUUUGAGAGGCCCAUUGUGUCCGUGUCGUUCUUCAGUGACUCAGCUCUCUGCUUUGGCUGCAAGUUCCAGUUCAAGCCGAUCAGGGUCUCUGAGCCGGUUUUCUUCUUGCCUGUGAGAAGAGGCAGCGUCACGGUGCUCAGUGGCUACGCAGCUGAUGAAAUUACACACUGCAUUCGACCACAGGAUAUCAAGGAGAGGAGAGCAGUAAUCAUCCUUAGGAAAACCAGACUAGACGCUCCCCGGUUGGAGACAAGAUCCCUGAGCAGCUCUGUGCUGGUGCCGGGGUAUGCCUCUGACCGUCUGUCAGGAAGCAACCGGGACCCCAUCCUGAAGCCAAAGCGGUCCCAUCGCAAAGCAGACCCUGAUGCUGCUCACCGACCUCGGAUUUUAGAAAUGGAUAAAGAAGAGAACAGGCGCUCAGUCCUCUUGCCCAAACACAGGAGGCGGAGCCAUUUCAGCUCCGAGAACUAUUGGCGGAAGUCUUACGAGUACACGGAGGACUUUGACGAAGAGGGAGAAGGUGACGAGAGCCCGGCCCGGAAAGUGAAAAUGAGGCGGCAUUGAGGGGUCCUUUUGACACCCCGCCCCACCGCUCCCAGGAUCUUACAGCUGAUGAGACUGGUCUUCAGGCUGUGAAACUGUCUCUCCUUUCUUUUUUUUCCCCUCCUCCACCCCCCAGCUAAAUUCUCAUCUAGCUUCAAGUUUGCAUUGUCCCCCAUCUCACCUUUUAGGCUGAAGAACAGCUGGAACAAAUCUGGCUUUCCUUUUCCUUUUCCUUUUUUAACAGAGGCGUCCAUACCGACAAGGAUGCAUCUGGUGCCACCUGCCUUCCUUCCCUCUCUCCCCCCACACCCCCGGGUGGCUGGGCACGCCUCACAGUGGAGGCCACGUUUUUUUAAAAAGGAAAAGAAAAGCUAUGUCGUUCUCUGAGGUGUUUGGGCUGGAGCGGGUUUUGAAGAUGCCAAAAAGUGACGCGUUUUGAGUUUGCUGAGGGGUUGCGAAUAUAUAUCCCUCUGGGUUCUGAUGCUGCUGCUUCUUCAAAACGUUCUAAAUACAGCAUUUGAUCCACUUUGCACGGGGCGGAACUUCCUCUGUGGCUCCAUCCUGCACCAAAGGGCUCCUAAUUUCCGAAGCCAACCCCCGUGUGAUUCCCACCCACCCCUCUUGCUAUCGUUCAAAAAAAAUAAUAAUCCGCCUCUCUUCAGCAGCUGGAAAUGUAAAACCUUUCAAACACCUGUCUACGACACCCAGAUGAUGAAGCGUUUAGGACGUGUUGCACUUUAGUGUCAGGGUUUAUUCCCCCCCCCCCCCCCCGUUUUGUGUGUUCUGUGAAAUGCCAUAUAAUUCCCCCUCCCUCCCCCAACCCUUAUUACUUGCUUGGGCUAGCAAGCACCUGUGUUUUCCGCGCUGCUAAUGAAAAGGAUACGGUCUGUUUUCUCUUUCUGUGAAGGAUGCUCGGCAGUUCCGCGUUUGGGCUGCCGUUUGAGGGCUCGUUGAUGGGUGGGAAGGAGCAACUCUUGGAGGGAGAUGCUGCUUGGCCAGAAACCCCCAGGUUCUGUUGAAUCCUUCGCACUAACAGCAUCGGGCACAACGCACCGGGCAGGUCUCCAGGGUCAGCCUCACUGGAACGAACGGGGACUGCGUGGGUGCAUACCGUGCUCACCUGUUUUAAACGGAGCUUGCCGAGGAGAGGUUUCCGAUUGCAUUGUGCCUGUACCCGGUGUAGACGUUUCUCUGUUUCGUUAUGAAUUAAUUUCUCCCCCCUUUUAGACUAUAAGGCUUCCACAAAUACUGCUGUCUCGUCUGACACUUGAAAAUCAGUCUCCCGUGACUGUUUCUGUCCUUAAAGGCAGAUCGCGGCGUUGAGACUCCCAUGCCAGGCAGGGAACUGUGUUGGCAGGACUGAGUCUCUUUGCCCUUGAUUCUCUUAACCUGGGCAGGUCCCUGGUGACAGAGGUGUGGGGCUACCACAUGGCUGUGCUGGAACCUGCCUUCUUUGAAGCAGGAAGGCUUAGGCUGUCCCACGCAGGAGGCAGGAGUAGGGGUGAAAUGGCAUAACUUGCUGCUUCAGUGCCUUCAGGAGGUGGGGACAACCUAGCAUGCCGCACGUCCGCCUGCUUUUACAUCAAAAGCCUCUGACCCAAGGCCUGUUAGUCCUCAUGUCUGGAUCUGCCACCCCGCCUCUAACAUGCUCAGUGCUUUUGCUUUCCUGCAUGAGCAAGCCUUGAAAAGCAACCCCUCUUGCCAUCAAAGAGCGCAGAGUUGAAAUAUCAAGUCUUCUCAAUGGCUGUAACGCUUUUCUUCUUUUUUUGCCUCGCUUGCUACAACAGACCUGCCCUUAUGUAUCUUUACGUUCCUUUGCCCUGCUCUCAGAUCUAAGGAGUGUGCUGCUGCCCCCUGCUCACACCAGUUGCAUGUGCCUUUUUAGCCUGAUCUGUUUACCUGGUAAUAAACGCAGAGUCCUGGAACACUUCGGGGCAUGUGAGGAGAUUUUGCCCCUGGACUCCUUGCCUCGCAGGCUUUGUUCAGCAGGUGCUGCCCACCAGACUGCGAGCUUCUCAGGGGAGGAAUCGGGGCGGUUACCCAGAGCAGUGUUCCACCACGUAGCAGUGGUUGGGUCGAUUUCGUACAGAUCCGUCGCGGCCUCUUGGUCCGACUUGCCGUCAAAGCACAACCUUGGAUAUCUGGAGGCCUUGGCUUCGUAACACACCAGCCUUGAGCCGUCUUUCAACGUUCCCACUUGCCAGGUAGAUCAGGAAGUGUGGGGCGGGAGAAUGCGUUGAGCUUGAUUUUGGUAGCUCCUCCCCACCUUGCUGUUUCCUGGAGGGUGAGGAGGAAGUAGAACACAGAUGGAACAUGAAACACAACACAGAAAGGUCCUAAAGCACCUUGUUCUGUGGUUUAGAGCCGCUCUGUACGUGGUGGCCUGGGAAAGUGUAAGGCUGUUCAGGACUUCCUUUCCCUGGAGCGCCUCAUCCAGGUUGUGUAAGGCAAAAGAAAGGAGUUUUAGUAGAUGCACAGUCCUGUGACAAAUCACCCAGCAUCUUCCUCCCUAACCUGCUGCCCUCCAGGUGUUUUGGACUCCCCCAGCCAGCCUGGAUUGUGGGAGUUGGCGUCCCAAACACCUGGAUGGCGCCAGGCCGGGGAAAGCACCUUCCACGUUUCCCACUACCAGGGCACUUCUUUUCCUGGAAGGACAGGGCAGACGCCUUCGGGCCCCACCCUGCUUGCAGCUACGCCCCAUUCGUUCUUAAUUUUUUUCCGCUCUACGAUUAAUGGCAGCCGAGACAAGUUCAGCGGAGGACAGGGAAGGGGGCUGUGUUUCAGGCCUGCUUUCUCUGGCCGACAGCUGAGCUCCGUCGCUGUGCAGCCGCCGGGGACAACCGGGUGGCAGCAGAGCUCGGUGGGCCGUGCCGCAAAGCCGCGAGGCCGCGUGGUCACCGGCUGCACUCCAUUUUACUUUCUUCUCUUGCGUGCCCCCUCAUCGUCUUUGCCGCCAGCAAAACCCUCAGACUGCUUUCCAUCUGGUAACCUCGGUAGGAAAAAUGACACCACCAGAGAUCCGUUACCUUAUGUGGCUUUUGCACCUGUCUAAAAUUCUGGCUCCAUCUGUCAAGAAAACCCACAGAGGUAAGGGGGCUUGCCAGAUGUCUUCCCAGUGGGGGCUUGAUUCUCUCGGAAGGUCAUGCAGGAAACUGAACUGGGGGGCGGGGAAUGCACGCAUGCCCUCUUCCUCCUCCCCGCCGAGACGUGGUUUUUAACAUCUGGUGUGGUGGUUGACCCAGUUAUAAGGCCCAGGCUAUUCGCUCCACGUUUCUAAGGUGGAAAACGUUGACAAGAUGACUUAAUUCCUUGUUUUAAUGCUGUUAGUGUGAUGUUGAAUAGCAGCCAUCUCUGGAGAAGGGUUCAGCCACAACCUGUCUUCAGGUUCAAACUCUUCUGAACCUUCAGGUUUUGCAUGGCUGGGAUCCAUUCCCAGUGAUUCGCUGACUUUGUUUUCUU